CUUAGCUCAACUCUCACAGGUCCCAAUCCAGUGAACUUGUGUACCCCACCCCUACAUUUUCUACACAUUCUCCAACAUUUCCUCCCACUAAAUUACACUAUUUCUAUUUUCUCCUCCCUUUUCUAUUUUCCUCUUUUUCCUUUCAUUUCUCUUUAUCUGCAAAAUAAGACCUCAGCAGCUGCAGACCCUCCAAACACUUGAGUUUCCCAUGGAUCCCACCCUCAAAAAGCAACCUAAACCUACCCCUUUCUCCGCCACCAUCUCCACCACCAACUCCAAACCCCACCACCCACCAGAUCCCACCACCCUCCCCUCCCCCACUGUCCAAAACAUCUCAACUCACUUUUCCAAGCUCUAUGCAAAUCACAAGAUCCUCAAAUCUACCCCAAAAGGCUCAUCUGGGGGGCAUAGACAUCCUCCUGUUGACACUCAUUUACAGGCCAAAACUCUAGCUGCUGCUACUUCCUCUGUUUUUGAUUCCUCAUGUUCUGCUUUGACCAAGUCAAAGAGUUUACACGGGAGUAGAUAUGUAGCAGAGGGAGAAAAACAUAGCUCUGUUAAGGAUAUUGACAAAGCAAUUGUUUUGCAUGAAAAAGCUGAAGUCAAGAAAAUACCCCACAAGGAAAAGAAAGAGGUGGAUGUUAAAAGGGCAUUAGCUUUGUUAUCCAAGAGCCAAGAUAGUGACCAGUUGAAGGGGUUUCAACAAGGGGGUGAUAAAAUUACCAAUAGGCCAUCUUUUUCUUUGUCAAUGAACGGUGGAAGGAGGAAGUCAUUCAGCUGUUCACAGACUGAGUUAGCUAAUUUCUUUUCUUGCAGUGGUGUGAAAGUUGUGUCUGUGGAUAUGCCACCUUUUAUGCAGAUUCAUGCUGUGGAUUUUGCAAGAAAAGCUCAUGAUAGCUUGGAAAAGUUCUCCUCUAAAUCACUUGGAUUUUCCCUCAAAAAGGAGUUUGAUGGGGUAUAUGGACCAGCUUGGCACUGUAUUGUAGGGACCAGUUUUGGCUCAUUUGUCACACAUUCAGUAGGUGGUUUCAUAUAUUUCUCCAUGGAUCACAAGCUAUAUGUACUCCUGUUCAAGACUACUGUACAAAAAGCAGAAUCAAACUGAAAUCUUUGAGCUUCUACUUUCAUUUUGAAGGGAGCCUUCGCGUAACUAGUAAAGUUGCUGCCAUGUGACCAGGAGGUCAUACGUUCAAGCCAUGGACACAACCUCUGGCAGAAAUGCAGGGUAAAGCUGCGUACAAUAGACCUUUGUGGUCUCACCUUUCCCCGGACCGCGCGCAUAGCAGGAGCUUAGUGCACCGGCCUGCCUUUAUCAUUACUACUUACCGUUCCUUUGUCAGUUAAAUUGGCUUUGUUAUGAUUAUUUCAAGAAAUAAAUUGCUAGUAAAAGGUACUCCCUCCGUUUCAUAUUAAA